GUUAUUAAUUUUGUAAUCUGGUAAAGGGCAUUGAAGUAACAAUGACAAAUUAUUAUGAGCUUUUAUAAUUAUAAUAGUACAGUAUAAUAAUGGCAGUACAAGAUAGGCAAGUCUUAGACGAGAAACCCACUCCUUUACCCUUCAAGGAGCGUGAAGACACCAAGGCUCUUGCUGUGGGCUUUCUGUUCAGCCUCUCUAUGACGUUCCUAAUCGAUCUCAAUGCCUACAGACUGGAGAAGGUCCCCCACUUGCCUGAUGAAGGUCCCCUCUGGUAUUACUGGGCCUUGAGUGAGCCCACAUUCUGGACAAGACUCUCAGCUUGGGUCCCUUACUUUUGCCAUCAAGUAGCUCACUGGUAUCUCAUCUAUUACGGCCAGAAACAUAUACAAAGUCCAACGACAAAGUUGCAACCGGUGCACUAUGUUUGUCUUGCUCUCAAUGGAUUUUUCUCUGUUCUUCAUUUCGUGCAGACGCACACCAUGUAUGACGGACUCGCUCAAGAAGUUAACGUUACCACUCCACAAGUUGCCGUGAUUAUUAUGUUGAUUUGGGUCCUACUAAUGGAAAACUACCGACGAGGCCUAUUUUUCGGCAAACCAGGUCCUUUUCUGUCUCGAGAUCUAAUUCAUUUUGCCAGAAAGUAUCACGGUUUCUUUUUCUCAUGGUGUAUUGUCUACACAUUCUGGUUUCAUCCAAUGGAGGGUACCAGUGGCCACCUAUGGGGAUUCUUUUACACAUUUCUGCUAAUGGUGCAGGGGAGUUUGUUUCUUACCAGAGUGCAUAUGAACAAAUGGUGGACUGUGAGUUUGGAGCUGUUAGUCUCGAUUCAUGGAACAGUUGUAGCUUUUCAACAACCUUUUCCAGGCAUUUGGUCGAUGUUUUUGUUUGGAUUCCUUGCAAUGUUUCUCAUCUCUCAGAUGCACGGACUUGGGUUGCCAUUUGUGUUCAAGGGUCUCAUAGUACUCUUGGUUCUGUUCCCUGCUGUGCUGAUCUACUCAAGCAAGCCAUUGAAGAACCUCAGCGAGCCACUGCGAAUUCCGAUGAUAGACUACAUUGGUGUCUAUAUACUAGCUGGUGUGUUGUAUGUUAUUAUGUGGUGUUGUGGAAAUAGAAGAAAAUCAAUUUAAUUUUGUUAUGCUCUGUAUUUAUAUACUUGUAUUUACAUGUAUUUCAGUAUGUAUAUAUUUCCCUACAUUUUAUACUUCA